AUGAGAUAUUUUAAAGAAAAAGAUUCCGACACGAAUACUAUUCCAAAUAGAAAAUGCAUAAAAAGUCGAACUACAUUGCAAGUUAUCAAAGAAACAUUCUACGAAUAUUUUGAAGAAAGUUCAAUUCAUGGAUUUCGAUAUAUUGGUGAAAAACGGCCAGCUUUUGAUAGAAUCAUUUGGCUCAUUGCUGUCAUACUUUCCUUCCUAACAUGUUCUUAUCUCAUAAAAAAUAUUUGGGAAAAACGCUCCAACGAACCGGUCAUUGUUAGUUUCAAUGAAAAACUAACACCCGUUUGGGAAAUACCAUUUCCGGCGGUAACCAUUUGCGCUGAAACAAAAUCUCACACCAAAUUAUUCAAUUUUACAGAAAUCUAUUGGAAAAUUUCUGACAACAAAAAUAUUACAGAAGAUAAGAAAUACAACUGGGAGGCAAUAUCACAAAUAUGUCGACCAAGACUCGAAAUGCAUUCUUUUGGGCGCCAUUUUGCCAAUGCACCAGACUUGAUUAUGGCAAUGUUAAAGUUAGCUCCAAUAUUCAAUGAAACUAUGAACGACUGUUAUUGGAAACAUACAAAUUUCGAAUGUGACGAAUAUUUCGAUUAUACUUUGACUGAUGAAGGAAUCUGUUAUUCAUUUAAUUCACUUAAAUCUGCACAUUAUCGGACUGAAUUAUACAACUCACGAAGAAAAGAAUUUAUCGGUUACAAAUUCGACAAUGACAGAAAUUUAGAUUGGGAUUUAGAAAAUGGUUACAACAAACAAGCUAAUGAAGAGACUUUUCCUAAACGGGUUUUAGGAGAUGGAGAACUCGAAAGUCUGAUUUUAUUUAUAACCGAUAGCAAACAAAACAAUGAAUUUAUGUGUCGAAAUGGCGUUCAUGGUUUUAAAAUAAUACUUCAUACUCCAGGAGAGGAACCAAAUGUGUCGAAAAAGUUCGUCAGUAUUCCCUUUGAUCAAACAGCUGUGAUAACAAUUAAUCCGCAAAUUGUGAGCACUUCCGAUGGAUUGGAAGAUUAUCAUCCAGAAAAACGCCAAUGCUACUAUCAGAAUGAACGGUAUUUAAGGUAUUUUACGGUCUAUACGCAGGUUAAUUGUGAGUUGGAAUGUCUUGCAAAUCAAACCCUUGCCAAGUGUGGAUGUGUCAAAUUUUCAAUGCCAAGAAACUCUUCACAUCCAGUUUGUGGAGCAGCUAGUCUAAAAUGCCUAGAUGACGUCAUAAAAAAUAGUAACACUGUGAAAUUUCAACAACGAAACAUUCCAAACCAAAAUAAUGAUUUUAGUAAUUUUUGUCAUUGUCUACCAACUUGCUUUGAAGUUGAAUAUAAAGCAGAAGUUGAACAUCAAGUUGAUAUCAAUGUAAUGGAAACUGCAACAGCUUUUAGGGAAGAAGACUUGGAUUUUUUACUUGAGAAUCGAGUAACACAAAUACAUAUUUACUUUAAAGCAGAUGUCUUCAAUGGGCUAAAACGUUCCGAAUUGUAUAGUGAGACAGAUUUUAUAGCAAAUUGUGGAGGUUUGUUGGGACUUUUUAUGGGUUUUUCGACAUUAAGUUUGGUAGAAUUGGUAUACUUUUUUACUAUAAGAUUGUGGAAGAAUUUGAAAACUAGAAAAAUAAACCUUAGAAAAGAGUUGAAGAAG